UGAAAAUUUAAAUAUUUGUGCAAUUUAGAAAUGGCUUCACUUGAAGGGAUACAAUCUAAGACACAAGAGAUCAGGGACCUGACCAGGAUGGAAAGGACUGGUGCCCAGUCACAUAUUAGAGGACUAGGGCUUGAUGACUCGUUAGAGCCCAGAAAGAUCUCACAAGGAAUGGUAGGGCAGAUUGAGGCGAGAAGAGCAGCAGGAAUUAUCAUGAAAAUGAUUACUCAAGGUAAAAUCGCGGGAAGAGCUAUUCUGAUCGGUGGACAACCAGGAACUGGUAAAACAGCAAUAGCUCUUGGUAUGGCUAAAUCUCUUGGAGAGGAUGUGCCAUUCACAAUGUUGGCAGGAUCUGAGAUUUUCUCACUUGAGAUGUCCAAAACUGAGGCUCUCAUCCAAGCAUUCCGUAAAUCCAUCGGUGUAAGAAUCAGGGAAGAGGCUGAGAUCAUUGAGGGAGAAGUUCUAGAGAUUGAGAUAGAUAAGUCAGUCCAAAGCGGUGCCAAAUCAGGAAAAAUCACCCUCAAAACGACUGACAUGGAAGCUAUUUACGAUUUAGGGCAAAAGAUGAUAGAAUCGAUUCAAAAAGAAAAAAUCCAAGCAGGAGAUAUCAUUACUAUUGAUAAGGCAUCUGGAAAGAUUUCCAAGCUUGGAAGAUCAAUUGCCAGAAGUGGAGAUUACGAUACUGUUGGCUCCUCUUCAAGAUUCGUCCAAUGUCCAGAAGGUGAGCUCCACAAGAGAAAAGAAGUUGUGCACACUGUCACUCUCCAUGAGGUUGAUGUAAUCAAUUCAAGAACUCAAGGAUUCAUGGCACUCUUUGCAGGAGAUAUUGGAGAAAUCAAACAAGAGGUCAGAGAUCAGAUUGAUACCAAAGUUUCUGAAUGGAGGGAAGAAGGAAGAGCCGAAAUAGUUCCCGGAGUAUUGUUCAUCGAUGAGGUCCAUAUGCUCGACAUUGAAUGCUUUUCCUAUCUCAAUAGAGCUCUUGAAAGCGAGUCUGCUCCCAUCGUAAUCAUGGCCACUAAUAGAGGAAUGACAAAGAUCAGAGGCACAAACUAUAUGGCUCCUCACGGUAUUCCUCUAGAUCUUCUGGACAGACUGCUGAUUAUCCAAACCACUCCUUACAAUGAGAAAGAGACACAGCAAAUCUUACAGAUCAGGUGCCAAGAAGAGGAUGUUGAGAUCAGUGAUAAAGCUUUGAAACUACUCACUAAGAUCGGGAUGGAGACAUCUCUCCGUUACUCGAUCCACCUAAUAACAACUGCUAACCUUGUGGCUAUCAAAAGGAAGAGCCCUGAGGUUGAUGUUGAGGAUGUGAGAAGAGUCUAUGGCCUCUUCAUUGAUAUCAAAAGAAGCUCAAAGUUCCUCCAAGAUUACCAAAGCGAGUUCCUCUUCUACGAAGCAGAUGACAUUGAUGAUAAAGAUGUCGAGAUGGCUUAAAGCUAGCAUUAUUCUUUCAGUAAUUCUUCAGAAGGUACAUUCG